AUCCUGUUCAGCAGUUUUCUUGCAUUUCACUUUGCCAGCAAUUUCAACGUUUCAGUCUUGUAUUCUGUGCAUUAGCAUCAGACAGAAUUCAAUUUUGGUGUGGUAGCGUGUUAUCUUACGUGAAUUGUUUCUGGCACAGUACAAAAUGCCGAAGAAAGCUCCCAAAAACGCGUUCUUCUAUUUUAUGCUAAAUUAUAAAGACGAACAGCAGAAGAAAGGCAUCAACUAUGGAUCAUUGGCUGAUGUCUCAGUUGCAGCGGGCGAAGUCUGGAAGACUGUAAACCCACAAGAGAGAGCCCGCUGGGAAGCCAAAGCCAAACAAGAGAGGACAAAACAGAAUAUGCCAGUUAUCAAGUACACGUCUACCGGGGUCCCGCUAACGCACAUCGAACAGCAGCAGAAAGAAAUACAAGAGGCAAUCCAGAAUGAAAUUGAUGAUAUCCGGAAUAUGGUCAAAAUAAAGGCCUUUAAUCAAAGCAUUCAGGAUGAAGACUUCUACUUAAUAGAUGUGAACUAUUACUGCAAAGCGGGAAAUACGUAUGUGAUAGGAGAGAGCACUGUCUUACGAUUCAACCUGAGGCUUGGAUACCAGGAUUUCUAUCAUGAACUCAUCAACCCUGGUCGCAUCCCCGUUGGCUACGCAUCAGACGUGAAACACGGCAGCACUGAGCUAGGUCUAGACAUGCCGGACGAGACUGAAAACCAGUCUAACUACAUAGAAAUACUAGCCAACAUCAUUGACUACCUGAAACAGAAGGAUAAGAACUUGAAAGUUCUGCCGCCUUUGUACACUAUGCCUGAGAAAGUGCUGGCUGUUCAAGACUUUAUUCUGCAAAUGAGCAAUAAAGCCCGUGAGGACGAGCAUAUCUUCCGCAUCUACAAGUUGGACACGCUGUUCUUCUACCUGAUAAACAGCAUCAAGUCCAACAAGAACGAGGGUUUCCCUAAGGAGUCGCUCGCUCUCAUACAACUCAAGAAGGACCCCUUCAAGUAUACACCGGGACUGGGCUGUGAGCAUCACGAAGCCAACGAGAAAUCAAUGGAGUGCACGAGUUCCCGCACGCAGCGCUGGGCGUACACCAUCAUGGAUAGCUGCUGCCCAGUCGUGGGCAUCGACAUCCAGCCCGGACAACAUGUGCCUAAGGAAUAUGAUGUUGAUGGCAUCCUGAAGUACAGGGACGCUAAGAAGGUGUGGAGCGGUCCCACUGUGGCUGGGUUUAAUGAUGCAUCGUCAUCUUGUAACUCAACAGUGAACGAUUCCUUCGAGGCCCCUCCCAGUCUCCUUGAAUAUGUUGGCAGAACGAAGCGACUCGAAGCUCGCGUGCACGCGCCGCAACGCAUCCCCGACGUCAAUUUCGCCCAGCCUUUGUUACCUCCCGAGCUGACGGAGGAAGCCUUCCCGGCAUUGUCUGUGAGCCACGGAAGAGGUCGCGGAAUGGCCAGGCGGAACGUCAGAAAAUAAAGCAUUCAAUGCCAAUCUUUUUUUUGUACUGUUAUGUAACAUAUCUGACAUUUUUAUUAUUAAUGGCUGUUCCUAAUAUUCUGUCUAUCCAUUUAUUUACUCACUAUAGAAUUUUGACAUGAGCCCCAUACAAGUAAUGUAAACUUCCUAUCUCUGGUAAGAUCAAAACAAAAGAUAGAUAAAAUAUAGGGAACGGCCGCAGACAGACGAACUACACAAUACGUGAUUGAAAUUAUAUUUUACAAUGUCAUCGAAUUAUACACCUUAUUGUUUGUGUGAUAAAGUGUCAAGUUGUUUGAAAGUAAAACGAGUGGGUU